AUGGACGAAACAGUCCUAAAUGACCUCCAAAAACUCAAACUAACCAAAGAAGAAGGAGAAGAAAUCUGCAUCACAAGCAAAACCCAAAGUAACCUCCUUGAAGAAUGUUCUUUAAGCCUUUUUGGAAAGCUUCUUUCAGAUCGCCACCAGAAUAGCCGUGCUCUCAAGAAUACUCUCAGAAUGGCAUGGAAGUUGGGAUCUGAUCUACGGAUAGUGGAUGUAGGUAAUGGUAUUUGGCAGUUUAAGUUCAGCUCUAGAUUUCAAAUGGAAUGGGUCGAAAAGAGUGGCCCGUGGAAUUUUGAAAACAAUUUGCUCCUUUUAUGUCGCUGGAGAGCGGGCCUUACCUCAACAAACAUUAUCUUUACUCACUCUCCUUUCUGGGUCCAAGUAUGGGGCCUUCCCUUUGAGUUUAUGAAUGAGGAAGUAGGCAAAGAUAUAGGAGGCACAAUAGGAAAUUUCCUUGAGGUGGAUAAACGAUCCUGGCAGUCCGAUCAAGCAAAGUACAUGCGCAUUAAAGUCGAAGUUCAGCUGGACAAACCUCUUCGUAGAGGAGGUUUCGUUUCCAGUCCAGAGAGUGGGAAGCAUUGGGUUUAUUAUAAGUAUGAGAGGAUUCCUAUGCUUUGUUUCAGGUGUGGUAAGAUCGGGCAUGAUGUUAAGCAUUGCUUGGAAGCGACGGUAGAGCAUGAGACAGGCAACCAAUACGGUGACUGGAUGAGAGCGGGCUGGGAUUCAAAAUGGGGACCAAGCAGAUCCCGGACCACCAGUAGUGAAGGUAGAACCGCAGCGGCAGACGGCACUGAUGUUGCUAGAAUGCGCGCCUCUGCAAACAUCCUGGGCAUGGUUGAGCCUAACAGCCUCAGUGAAACAAAUGGGUCAAACACAAACCCAGCUUUGGGGUCCGCCCAAGGGGUUUCCCCUGCAAAAAAUCUGUCCUCUCUGCUCCUACAGACGGCGGAUUCUCAGGAUGGAUGGGACAAGACUGAAAAUUUGAAUUUGAAGCGUAGGGAGAAAGCUAAAGGGAUUUCAUGUGACAGUAGCAUUAAGGAAAUACCACAAAGCUCUCUGAACCCAAAAGAAGAAAAGCAAGAUGAGCACUCUGCUGUGGGCCAAGCGCAAGAGAUAAAAGGAAAAGCCCAUGAAGCUACUAGCCCACUAAGGCAAAAAUUGGACCGCAAGUGCAAAGGUGUGGCCACUCCUUCUGUGCAAGGCCCUACUAAAGAUACCCAACAAAAGAAAAAGCCCAAUAUGAAGAAAAUAGCUAGACAAGUGGCCCAGCAUCAAACACAGGCCUUAGACACAGAAAUGUUUAAUUCAGAUGUGAGACUGGGAUCCAAAAGGCUAGGUACGUUUGAAUAUUUAGAAGUUGAAGAAAACAGAGCUCAAAAACGUUUAUUCACUGCUCUCUCUCCCCCUCACUCUUCCCCCCUUGAUAAUAUAUCGGCGGUGGCUGCCUUGCAGCACCGCCGGGAGCAAUGA